CGCGGAGAUCUUGCUUCUUUGCCGGACAAGGUCAAGAUUCGAACAGGACCAGCUGGGAGGUGAGGCCAAUCAGUAGGGGAAGGAAGGACGACAGUGGAGAUCGAGAAGAAUAUACGUCGCAUUACAUGUAUUAUUGACACUACACCCUCAAUUGCCACCACUACUUUCAUCAUCAUCAUGCAAUCUCAUUCCCGACGUUCUGCCUACAGACUUGCCAAGGUGCUACCGCCUCGAGAAUCGCAGGACGUGACUACGCGCGUCGGCAGUAGCUACGGAGGCAAUCAUUCCCUCGAGUGGGUCGAGGCGCCUCGGAACAUCUUGAUCAUUACGAAGACGAACGAUGAGAAGACGCAGCAGGCUAUGCAUAAGAUCAUUGAGUGAGUGGCGGUGUUGGGUCCGUGCUACCGAGUGUAUCGGGAAGGGUGAGACUCAAGACGCUCUCCUCUCGCCCUGCUGGCAGGUACGGCGCUGCGACGCAGCCAUCUAUGAAUGUAAUCCUGGAAGAGGCCAAUUCGCACAUUCUCACCUCCACACCAUGGGCAGACAAGAUCUCCCUGGUGACUUCCACAGAUCGACACCUCCUGUGUCGCAAAGUGGACA